UUAUAAUUCCAACGACGGUUUCGGCCGCGUUGCUGGCGAGCAGCUCAACUUCGCCGCGCCUUCGGAAGACGAGGCCGAGUAUCCGCCCGGCGCCUACUUGAAGAAGGGGAAGGUCUCGAGGGCAAACCCGAUGUCGCACCGGAUCAUAGAGAAGCGCCGCAGGGACCGAAUGAACAACUGCCUGGCAGACCUGUCGCGGCUCAUACCGCCCGAGUACCUGAAGAAGGGCCGCGGCAGGGUCGAGAAGACAGAGAUCAUCGAGAUGGCCAUCCGCCAUCUGAAGUACCUGCAGGAACGCGCGAACGCUGCGGACCGAGGACUGGGCGAGGAGCACUUCAGGGCUGGGUACCAGGACGCGGUGGCCGAGGUCAUGCGCUUCCUAGUCGAGGUGCACGGGUACGGCCCAGGCGACGGGCUGUGCGUGCAAUUGGCUGCGCAUAUGCAGAGGCACUGCGAGGCUCUUGCUAAAGGCGAACCACUGCCGCGCGACAAGCCCCGUUCACACCCUGGCUCGUCCUCGGAGACAGCGAGCUCGUCGAGUAGUUCCCAUGGCUACACUAUGAAGCCCGGCGUGAUCGCGCAGGCGCCGCCCCCCGCGCCGCCGCCCUUCGCGCCCGAGCCCUACGAGGAGCGCCCCCAAGAACACCCCUACUCUAUGGAAUGUGAUCGAGUAUCAGUGGCACCGACCCCGAUGGCAGGAGAAGGUGAAGGUCUACCGGAGUCCGAGCCCCUACCGCUAGACGGGCGACGCAAGCGAGGGGAGCCGACCUUACGAGCCGUGAGGAAACCUGACCACACCGAAGAUUACCUGCAUUCCUACAAGUUCAAGAACUCCAUUGAAAGGCGAUUCUCGAGGUCACAAGAUACAGAGGCGGCGGACAUGUUGGCCCGCACCGCUCACGCGCACGGUAAAGUGUACUCGCACAAGCGGCGCCGCGCCACCAAGCCGGCGCCGUCCACCUCCACGUCCAACUCCGGCUCCACCGAGGAUGCUAGGGACACCUCGCCGCAGGAUACAUCAAGUGAAUCACCUCAUCAUCAUCAUUAUGACAAACCACCUCCUCCAGCGCAGUACGUCCCGGUGUUUGCGUUGAAUGCUCUUGGAAAAUAUUACGUUCCACUAAGUGUGGACUACGCGUGCCUUCAAAGGCACCUCGGUCCAUACGAUGUGCUGGACGCCCGAGCGGUGCACCUGGCGGCGCCGCUGCACCCGGUGACGAUCCACGUCAACUUCCAGCCCUGCCUCAACUACCACGUCAAGAGGGAGCCCAACGAGCGAGAUCAAUGGCGAGCUGUAUAAGCCAAAAGACACGUAUCCAGUGCCUAAUUAUGAGCUACGGUCGCCAUGUUUACAGUAACGGCGCCAACAUUUGAACAUGACAGCUAAUAUUUUUAAAAUAUUCUAAUCCUAAAAAUAAUGAGCCUUAUAGCGAUGCUAUUUUCCGAAUAUCUUAAAUACAUAUAUUUUUGUAUCUAGUGAAAACAGCAAAUAUUUUUGAGAUUACAUAUUUCUAAUUAAAAUGUCAACUUAUAAAUGUUUAAUCUCCUGCAAAGGAUUGAUUAAAUGAAGAUGUGAUUCGUUAAAAAGACAACACUGAUUGGCUAAAAUAACCUUGGAAAAGUUUAAUCUUAUCGAUUUUAGAAAUGUUAGUUCAGCUGUGUUUUUGUAUAAGUGUUAUCAGUCUCUCCAGCUGUUCUAGUCAAAUGUGAGUCAAAAUUAAGUGCAAUGUGGAACGUUGCAAAUGUAAAUAGUUGCAUAAAACAACCAAUCUUCAAGUUUUGGUAAAAACAGUUUAUUCUGUGGGCAAAUCCUGAGGACAUUAUUAAUUGUAAGUUUUUAGCUAUGAACACGUUUUGCCCACAGUUACCGCGGCGGCGUACUGUGAAUUUGUUUGAAGGACUAAUGAUGGUGUGGACAAUGUUUUCAGUGUUCUUAGUUACGGCUGUGAUAUGUAAAGAGUAGUCAAAAUAUAGCUGACAGCUGUGGUGCAUUAUUAACAGUAAAGGAGGGUGGUUCGACAUUUGAUACUUGCUAUAUUAGUACAACAGUGCAGUAUAAAAUUAGAAUUAAAAUAAUAGGAAUGUGUCAGUGACUAAAUCAUUCUUGUUUUUCUUUUGUAUAUAAUUGUUUAAAAAUAUUGUGCUGCUGUAUCAACUGCAGAAACAUCCUUGUACCAACUGAUGAUAACUCUCCUCAGAGAUCAGACGUUACUAAUAAUUUGAAACACUAUUUUAAGCUGAUUCAAGGCCAAACAAAUUUAUUUUGUAAGACAUGUUUCCCACCAAAUUACCACAGCCCUGAUAUGCGCUUCAUCCAUAAUACAACACGCAUAUAGGGAGCUGCUGAAUAUUGUUUCAAAUAUUUUUAAUUUUACUUAGUGUUUGGAGGUAGUGGUGGAGACAAGGUGUGGUGUCUACUUGUGGACAAGAUAAAGACUGAGGUUUUUAUUUAGCGGUAAAGUUAUGAUUGUUUUACAUUGGAUUCUCACUCAAAAUAUUAUUUACCGCAGGUUAGAGUUCAAUGUGCAAAGAAGUGUCAAAUUUUACGUAAAUUUAGUUCUAAAUACAAUUUAAAAUAGUCUGUUAAAUGUAUACUUUAUUAUAUUUUGUAAAUACAUAAACAUGUUUAAGUAAUAAAUGUUAUAAAUACUUCACAGA